CCUAAAAGAAAGAAAAUAAAACUUAAAAGAAACAGAUCUACUGGUAAAUUAAACCGGACGGUUGCAGCGAUGAACAACCACGACGGCAUCGACAAACGACCACGGCGACGGCGGCAAACCUACUUCCCUCUUGCGCAAGCAGCGGCGGAUAUACUUUUGCCAUGGGUUAGGGUUUUCAGAUCUGGAUUUCGUCGUCUUUCACUCCGGUGGCUAGUCACCUCCCUCAAUUGUCCCUUCCCAGCGAUCGGACGCAUAGUCUACGAUGAAGCCAGGAGACGAUGGAGACAUGAAGAAGACUGCCAGAGGAGAGGAAGAAUGAGAGAUGAAGAAGAUACCAGAGGAAACGAUGGACAAAAAGAGCAGGCGAAGGAUUUUCCAAAAUCUUUAGCUUUUGGGUGAGAUUUGGGAAAAUAUUUGUAUUUAUACUCAAAGCCUACAAAUCCAUCAAAAUUCACACUUCUUGAAAAUCUUAAAAAAUCUAUCAACUUUUG